AUGUUGGUGGGUUCCACGAUUUUCGCGGACAAGACGUUUACGCUUGUCGAGGCACGAUACCUCUCACUGUUUAUAGACUUGGAUGGCUUACCUGGAUACAGUUGGGGAGCAGCUGCGUUGGCUACUCUUUACAGAUAUCUCGGAGAGGCUUCCAUGUUCAGCUGUAAGCAGCUUGGUGGUUAUCCGACUCUCUUACAGUGCUGGAUUCAUGAGUAUUUUCCAACACUUGGAAAAAAAGGAGAGAACUGGAUACCAGCUCAUAAUGUGGGUCUCCCUCGAGCGAUGAGAUGGUCAUAUAGGCAAGGUGCCUUGAAGGUGGAUGAGUUACGACCUAUUCUGGACGAGCUGACACCUGCUGAUGUCAUAUGGCGCCCAUUCGAGAAUCAUAGAGUAUGGCGUCAGUUUGAUGAGUUAUGCCUAUAUAGGGGGUGUCUGAGGUGGGGUGACACUAUUGUUCCAUAUUUGCCUGACAGAUGUAUGCGUCAGUUUGGAUACAGGAAAUAUGUUCCACAUCCACCUAUUGAUCACAGGAUGGUUGGUGAUAUUGAUGUUGACUGGAUUAGUUACCAUCAGAGCGUCCAGAAUGUGAUUCGUCCGACAGCACCGGCCACCACCCCAUACGAGACAGAUGAUGGAUAUCUUGAGUGGUAUUAUCGUGUCUCUCAUCCUCGAUUGGUACCGAUACCCUAUCAUGAUGCACCAUCAGAGAUGCCAGCAGAGAUGCCAGUUCCAGUGUAUGAAGCAGGACCAUCUGAUCCUAGUUGGGCUCGUGUGUCUUCGUUGAUUCAUCGUUAUCUUCAGCAGGAUGGUGCUGAAGAUGAUGACCCACAGUUUGCGGAUUUGUUCGAGGCUUUACAUAUUGCUCGAUCACAGUGA